CUGAGGGCCACACUCACACAGAAGCGACAUAUAGACACUGAGGCUCAGACACGCCAGAAGAGAAACCAGACGAGUCCUGGUCAGCUGCAAGAACCCACAGAUGCAUAAUGGAGGGAAAUAUCUAUGCAAACAAUUCAGCUGAGGAGUAUCAUUUUGAGACGCUCCCCAGCAACCAGGAGAAGUGGUGUGACCAGGAACAACAAGCUGGAAGACAGACCCCCCAGAGAGGAGGUCAGAGGAGACCACAUUGCCAUCUCUACUGCCUUGUCACCAUCUGUGUGGUGCUGCAGAUUGCUGGGCUGUGUGCAUGGAUAUGCAUGUACUCACAAAUCAAUGCUGGGAUACAGGAUCUUGAUGCCGAAGUCUCGGCAUUAAACGUGAAAGACUCACAAAUCAAUGCUGGGAUACAGGAUCUUGAUGCCAAAGUCUCGGCAUUAAACGUGAAAGACUCACAAAUCAAUGCUGGGAUACAGGAUCUUGAUGCCAAAGUCUCGGCAUUAAACGUGAAAGACUCACAAAUCAAUGCUGGGAUACAGGAUCUUGAUGCCAAAGUCUCGGCAUUAAACGUGAAAGCACCGAUAGUGUUUGUGGAGAUUUCAGGCUGGAAGCGGUUUGGCUGCAAAGCCUACUACCUUUCCAAUAAUACUAGCACCUGGGAGAUGGCAAGAGAGCAGUGUAUAGCCAUGGGUGCUACUCUUGCUAUGGUGAAAACAGAGGAAGAGAUGGAGUUCCUUGCAAAUGCAAUUGCUCAACGAUUCUGGGUGGGACUGAAUGACAUCGGCACUGAGGGAACCUGGAAGUGGUUGGAUGGCACCUCUCCUGCCAGUGGGAUGUGGACUCCAGGGGAGCCAAACAAUGAGGGUGAGGAAGACUGUGCUGAGGUAAUCAAGAAGCUGAAUGACGUGCCAUGCGGGGAAAAGCGACACUGGAUCUGUGAAAAGAGUUUAGUGAUAUAGGACACCUUUUUUUUUUACAGGUAAACUUUGAAUAUAAUUUUUAAAAAUAUUAUUCUCGCAUCGUCAAACAUUCGCUCAGAAGCAUACUAUCUAGUCUAGCAACUAUUUUGAAAAUAUUAUGAGUGACAUGUCUCCCAAAGCUACACAUGUUUUUCCACAGGUUAUAGUAUUCCUGCAUUGUGAUUAGGCAUAGACGGAAUCGCAAGCAAUGACAACAUUUAUUGGCAAAGAGCACUUGAAGACAAACUUGAUCUGACAGAUAUUGAUGAUUUACAGAUAUUGUGCAUUUACACUCACUGACCACGUAAUUAGGUACACCUGCUCGUUAAUACAAACAACCUGCUCCAAACGGCAACAGCAAUUGUGCGGCUGCAACUCAAUACAUAAUGCAUGCAGACAUGGUGAAGAGGUUUCGGAUGGGCAUUAGGAUGAGCAAGAUCCAUGGUCUAAGCACAUUUGACUGUAGAAGGGUUGUCAGCGCCAGUUUUUGAGUACCUCAGAAACUGCUGAUCUCCUGCUGAACUGCUGAAUAGCCAGACAGGAAGGAUAAAUGACCAUGCGCUAUGACUGUGGCAUGCACACUUUGGAAGUGGAUAGGCUGCAACAGCGGGACCAAUAUGAGGAGUGCAAAUAAAUGUGAAACAUCUUUUUAGGAAGCAAUAUUACCAGUUAAAAUCUUUUCCCCUGAGAAACUGUAUUAGAUAAUAUAAUUUUCCCAUUUUUGUGUGCCUAUAAAUGAGUAUCAUUGCCUAUGCCUUUUCUUUAUUCAGCCUCCUUUGCUUGUCUUAAUGAGGGUGGGGAUGCUUUUGAAGUGCACUGCACACAACUGGAACUGCCAAGUUACUGUCCUUACUUGACGUGUCUGUAAGUGAAAUUAUCAAAUGCAAGUAAGAAUUUCUUGAAUUCUUAAAGCCA